CGGAAAGAAGUCGCCUGGUGUUAGGGGCAUCUUACACCCAAGUGAGGGGGGAGGCACAGGGCAAGGCCAAGCUCGCUUGUGGUGGUCGGGAAGCCGCACUGGUUGGGGUCCGGCGUGCCGGCAGGCUCCGCCUGCGAUGGGCGAGGUGGAGAUCUCCGCCCGGGCCUACGGGAAGAUGUGCCUGCACGCCUCUCGGUACCCACACGCCGCCGUCAACGGGUUGCUGCUGGCUCCCGCGACGCGGUCCGGAGAGUGCCUCUGCCUCACCGACUGUGUGCCCCUCUUCCACAGCCACCUGGCCUUGACCGUCAUGCUGGAGGUCGCGCUUAACCAGGUCGAUGUGUGGGGCGCACAGGCAGGUCUGGUGGUAGCUGGGUACUACCAUGCUAAUGCAGCAUUGGACGACCAGAGUCCCGGGCUUCUGGCCUCGAAAAUCGCUGGGCGAAUCGCAGAAUUCUUCCCUGGUGCAGUCCUCAUUAUGCUGGAUAAUAAGAAAUUGGUGACUCGGCCUCGUGUACCUCCAGUCAUUGUCCUGGAGAACCAAGGUCUUCGAUGGGUACCUAAGGACAAGAACUUAGUGAUGUGGAGAGACUGGGAGGAGUCCCGACAGAUGGUGGGAGCACUGUUGGAGGGCCGGGCCUACCAGCACCUUGUGGACUUUGACUGUCACCUUGAUGACAUUCGGCAGGACUGGACCAACCAGCGGCUCAAUGCUCAGAUCACUCAAUGGGGUGGGCCCACCAAUGGGAACACCUGAGCCAGGAGGGUCUGAAUACAAUAAAGACGUGGGCUGGUGGGCAACUAA